AUGUUAUGUCGAAAGGUUAUUUGUUGUGAUAAAGACUGAUCUAAGACGGAAAGUGUUAUACAUUUUACCCUCUCGGGGCCCAGGUGCGUUUUAACUUACUAAACUCUAGAAGAAGAACAUGGCGACUUCGCGGAGCGGAGACACCAAGUCGAGCGACGUCGUCGAGCUCAAAAGACACAUCGGUCUUUUCAACGGGGUGACGAUCAUCGUGGGACUGAUCAUCGGGUCGGGGAUCUUCAUCUCCCCGAAGGGAGUCCUGCUGAACUCCGGUGGUUCUGUCGGGGUGGCGAUGAUCGUGUGGACGGUGUGCGGCGUUCUCUCUGUCUGCGGUGCGCUGGGGUACGCGGAGCUCGGUGCCUCCAUGUUGAAGUCGGGAGGGGACUACGCUUACCUGUACGAAGCGUUCGGACCGAUCCCUGCCUUCCUGAGGUUGUGGACUUUAUUUUUGAUGAUCAGACCGGCCGUGUUAGCCGUGCUGUGUCUGACGUCAGCCAGGUACGCUCUUCAGCCGUUCUUCCUGGACUGUGACGCACCUGAAGCCGCCAUCACCUGUCUGGCAGCCGCCAUGAUACUAUUGCUGACAUUUGUGAACUGCUACAGCGUGAAGCUGUCGACCUGGAUACAGGACGUGUUCUCUGUAGGGAAGGUCCUGGCCUUGAUCGUCAUCAUCAUCGCUGGGGUCGUGCAAAUGGCCAAGGGACGUACCGAAAACUUCCAGAACGCUUUUGAUACGGCCGACUUGUCUCCAGACGGAAUUCCGCUCGCCUUCUACUCCGGGCUGUUUGCCUUUGCCGGCUGGUAUGGACUAAAUAGCCUGACAGAAGAGAUCAAGAACCCACAAAGGAACCUCCCCCUGGCGAUCAUCAUCGCCAUCCUGCUCGUCAUGGUGGUGUACCUCCUCACCAACGUCGCCUACAUCACCGUCAUGACGUCACAGGAGGUGCUGACGUCCGGCGCAGUGGCCAUAACGUUUGCUGACCGCGUCCUUGGAGUGAUGAGUUGGAUCAUCCCCGUGUCCGUGUCUGCCUCUUGCUUCAGUUGUGUCAACUGCAUGAUGUUAUCAACUUCACGCGUGACGUUUGUCGGUGCCCGUGACGGAUAUCUCCCCGACCUGCUGGCCAUGAUUCACGUCAACAUGCUCACACCCCUACCUGCUGUGGCUUUGCUUUGUCCUCUAGCCCUUUUGAUGUUGAGCACGAGUGACGUGUAUCGCCUGAUCAACUUCCUGAGCUCCACGCGCUGGUUGUUUAUCGGCCUGACCACCGCCGCUGUGCCGUACCUGCGCUGGAAGAGACCGGACAUGCACAGGCCACUCAAGGUACCGCUGGUGUUUCCUGUCACCUUUGCGCUGGCAUGCGCAGUAGUCGUGGCCAUGUCUCUGUACUCCGCCCCGGUGGAUGUCGGGAUAGGUCUGGCGCUAACCCUGACCGGAGUUCCCGUGUACCUUCUGGCGGUUUGGAGGAACAAGCCGGGAUGGCUGAUCAAGUUUACAGCUUCUUCGACCAGGACGCUACAGAAGGUCUUGUUAGUAGUACCUCAGACGAGCAAGAAGGGUGAAGGGGAAAAGUUAAACAAAUGAUAUAGACAAGGUCAAGAAGAUGAUCUGAGAUGACUGAGUAGUCGCUAAUGGUUAGUGACCCUGCUGAGGCUGUAUCAAGACGUCGUGAGUUCAAAUCCCGGCGCCGCUGUGUCGAUUACACGACAAAUGCACACUGCUGAAAAGAGUCGCGGUCCUUAGACAGGACGUCAGGUCGUCUUUCAUUGUCCAUUUUACUUGUUGAAAAGAGUCACGGUCAGUAGAAGAGUAGCUCAGCUGUUCAUUGAGUUCAUGUUUCGAAAUCACUUCAUUUUUAGCCGACUCUCCGACUCAGACAAUCAAAGUUCUGUAAUUUCUAAAUCAUAUCAUGGUCUUUGCAUGUGUCUGGCGGGAUAUUCUAGCUAUGCCCUCACAUGAAAUCAGUUUUAUUUUAUCGUUUUGUCUCAACGCUUUACAUUAAACUCUAUGAAUACAUAA